AAUACAUACGUUUCGUAAUAAAAAUUGUUUCUCAUGAAAACCUACAAAUUUCCUUAUGUACACGUAACCGUGGAUACGGUUAGACAAUUGAAUACCAAAAAAUAUGACUGGUGAAAAAUGAAAUGGGUGCAUAUGGAAAGAAUAUGAACACUCACCAAGACUGGAGAAAUUCGCUGACGGAUUCAUCGUCGGGGGAUGCUGUCAAGUAUAACCUGCGAUGCAAUCGAAACAUCAGUGAGAAGAUGACGAAGAAGGAUUUCGUGUACGACAUCCGUCCUCCGAUUCAAAGCACCAGGAAGCUCGAAGAAAUAAAACAGCCGAUAGUUUUAUCGCUGCAACUCCGUAAGAAGGAAAAUUCCGACUCGAAAGUGCCUCAAUACGCUGUUAUUUCAGAAAGAGAUAAACACGCCGGGAGCGGCGAUGCAUUUAACCUUUCAGAGCAACGAUCCUUGAGGUUCGAAUGCAAUUUCUGUCACGAACAAAUUGCUACUCUACUGUCCCUCUCGACACACGUUAAAUUUCAUCGACGAAAAUACUGUAAAUACUGUUACUGGAUACCAAUGGACAAUGAAACGAUGGAAGAGCACUUUGAAAGCAUACAUCGAAUCGAUUCAAUCGUUACAACAAGCGUUUAACGCCCACCAUCCUAUUUACUUACGUACCAAUCGAAUAUGAAAUUAGCGCGAUAUUUGGAAAUUUGUAAACACAGCGGCUUGUAAAAUAAAUUACAAUUAUUUAUUUAUUCAUACCUAUAA